CUCUAUUUGCAUUCUCUAUUUCUCUAAUCUUCUCUUCUUCUCUUCACGCUCUCUCUUUUCACUUCAUUGCAACUAGUUCAUUUCUUUUGCAUCUUUCUACAAGCUCUGUUUCAAUGGCGGAAACAAAGAAAGACACUCACAUUGUAGAAAUCCCGGUGGACCAAGAACACCAAAACAACCACAAGAUCCUCUCAUGCAUCACCUCCAACAUCGCCGAAGCAAUCGAAGACCACCCUCUGACCGAGAUCUCCGACAGCCCCGGUCACCUCCUUCUCCUGAAGCUCUGGCAGAGACAAGAGACUCUCUUCGCUGCCCGAAUUGCCCGAAAGGAAACAAAACUAAGCUCUCUAAAAUCCGAACUCUUCACACUCUCCUCAUUCUUCUUCAUCUUCCACUUCCUCUUCCUAACACUCCUGUUCACAUCAUCUGCCAAUUCACCCCAAAAGAACGGCGCUUCGUGCUGCACCAAGUGGUGGCUACCGUCUACGGUUUCUCUCUGCACUUCAAUGGUGUUUCUUGUGAUGGUUCAUGCGAAAUUGCGAAGAUACUGGAAGGUGUGGGAGGAAUUACAAGGGGAGAGGGGUGAUGGGAGGGCACUGAGUAGGUGCAUUCAAGAACUGAGGAUGAAAGGGGCGAGUUUCGAUCUGUCGAAGGAGUCGAGUUGGAAUGGGAAUGGGGUGAAGAGGAUGAAGAGUUCAAGCGUUGAGAUCAAGUGGCGGCCGGUUAGUUGGUGUUGCCGGAAUUCGCUAACUGUUUGCAUUUUUUGUUUUACUGGUUUUGUGUUCCCUGCUUCCAAGCUUCUUCUUUGUGGCUUCUGAGUUCUGGAAUCUUCUUAUGAUGAGUUGGCAUUUCAGAAAUGAGCAAAUUUCAGGGAAUGGAGCAUUUUUGGUCCGAUUAAUUAGGAACAACUUUUCAAAUUGAAGGUCGCUAUGCUUAGAAGUAGUUCAGAAUUAUAAUGCAACCUUCAAAUUCUGGGUAGGGAGCAUAUGUGAUGUGACACACCAGCAAGGCCCAGACAUAGGAGACUCUUUGUAUGAGGCUCGGUUUCAAGACACCAUAAUCUGAGCUCCUGUGGUUUUAUACCAAGACAAGAUAUUUGUGUUGCUAAGUACUAGGAUUUAUUCUGAAGCAAGCAACACCUCUUGUGUGCUGAGUCCCUGAAAUCUUUCAAUAUUGUCAACUUAUCUGAGAUAUGCAGUAAAACUGCAAGCUACUCCAAUUUUGCCACAUUCUAUAGGCCUAUUCUUUUUCAUACAUUAUGAAUAAAUUCAUUCAUUCGUUCAAUUGUAGAACUGAUGUUGCUUUGCUAGUUGUUGAAUCUACAAUCUUGUCAACUCUGUAUCUACAGAUCAUUUCUU